ACAGCAAGGAAGUUCAACUUUUACCUACAAAAAACAAAAGGCUUAAGAUUCCCAUACCUCAUUCUCCUCUUGUAUAGAUUUCUGUCUUGUUCAAAUCAUUAUUAGAUAUUUCUCUUUCUUUUUCUCAUACACACAGGCUUAGAGGUAUCAUCUUCAUAACUUAGUCUAGUGAAAUUUCACUGUCCCCUUUUGUACUUAUCUGACAAUAAGUCAAGAGAAGAAGAAGACCUCUAUUAUGGCUCUUUUACAAUAUUUAGUCUGUGAUGCAUAUGGCUCUCUGUAUGGAACAAUGACUUCACUUCAAAUGAGAAAAGGGUUUUAAUUUGCAAUUUAGUAGCUUAAGAACAAUAGGGACCAGAUUCCAAACGGUGGUUCCCAACUCUUCUUCAAGGUUUCGACUUCAGAACAGGUCAGCUUAUGGUGUUGGCAUUUUCUUUAGGGGAAUUGAUCUAAUGAGUUGAGGUGGUUUAUACAAGUUGAGCAGCUCAAGAACGGCAGGUUUCACUUUUAUGGAUAACAAAACCUCAUCAUCUUGGGUACCUGGCCCUGAUACCGAAGAAGCUUCCAAUCACGAUGAACUUUUCAUGAAACAGAGCAUGCUCUUUUCUGAUACUCUCAAGGAUUUGAAGAGUUUGAGGAAACAGUUGUACUCUGCAGCAGAGUAUUUUGAAAAAUCGUACAGCAAAGAGGACCAGAAACAAAUAGUGGUGGAGACGUUGAAAGAUUAUGCUGUCAAAGCUUUAAUCAAUACUAUCGAUCACUUGGGUUCUGUAGCUUACAAAGUUAACAACUUGUUCGAUAACAAGGCUGAUGAAAUUUCAGCUCUCGAGCUUCGGUUCAGUUGCCUAGAACAGAGACGGCAAACAUGCCAAGAAUAUAUCAACCAUGGGGGACUUUCUCAACAAUUUUUGGUGGUACAAACUCCCAAGUACCAUAAACGGUACAUCUUUCCAGCUGAGGAGACCUUGGAUACCAAAUCAAACGUUCACAGGAGAAGCUUCAGUGCUGACUACAACUCGCAUCAGUUUGAAAAUGCUGUUCGAGCAACAAUUAGAGGGACUUCUCCAUCUAUUUCCAGAGGGAAUUCUAGAUUACAGUCUCCACAGCUUUCCUCAAAGCAAGGAAAUUUUGUAUUUGCACCUACUUCAACCAAAAAACGAGCAGAUACAAGAACUUCCUCUCCCCAGCGAUUUCAACUUAUACAUACUGGAACUUUUAUCCCUAGGAGAUCAACAUCUCCAAAUAAUCCUAAUGCCAAACGACGGUACCCAUCAGAGCCCCGAAGAUCAGUUUCAUUGUCUACAUAUCCUGGAAGAGACAGGGGAAAUGAGAUUGAACAGUAUUCCAGCAAAAGUAAACGCCUCUUUAAGGCAUUGCUUAGCAUGCGCAAAUCCAAAAGGGAUCGCACAUUUUACAAAUAUUUGGAUGAGGUUUGAAAGAAAGUCGAGACACAGCAGGAAGCAGAGAAAACUCUGUAGUCGUUAGCCCUAUUUUGUUGCCUCUUUUCUUUUGAAGCUUCAAUAAUUGCAUGUCGUUUGCCUGUGCUAGCGUGAUCAGCCUUCCCUUGUCGCACUUCUGGCAAACAUUGCUCUUUAUCUCAAGAAUUUGUUGGCCACAUAUAAAUUUCCAUUAACACACAACAGCACUAGUUUCUAUUAUUAAAUGUACGGAUUUUAAUAGGAACUCAUUUUCAACAUUUUUUAUGGUUCCAUCAAAUUGUACAUAUAAGCCUGAUCUAAUUCUAUUACUUAUACAAAAAUCUCCGAUUUUCCUGCA